UGGAGGAGAUGACAGAUUGACGUCAUCGGGACUGACGCAGAGCGAGCCGUGGUAGCGGAGAGGCACAGAGGCGGCAGCGGCAGCGGCAGCACCAUCGUACCGGCUAGCAAACGACACCUCACCUAUCUCCCACCACCCGCGGGGUGUUUUCUCACUGAGCAUCCUCCACAAAUAACGAGAUAAAAGAUAAGAUGGCCACCUCCUCCACCACUCUGGAAGAAGACGAGAGUUUGAAGGGCUGUGAAAUUUUUGUUCAGAAGCACAACAUCCAGCAGAUCCUCAAAGAGUGCAUUGUGAACCUCUGCAUCGCGAAGCCUGAGCGUCCUAUGAAGUUCCUGCGGGAGCAUUUUGAAAAGCUGGAGAAGGAAGAAUGCAAGCAAAUCAUGGCACGUCAGAAAUCUAACAGCCAGUCAGAUUCACAUGAUGAUGAGGUUUCUCCCCCACCACCCAACCCAGUUGUCAAGGCCCGGCGCCGCAGGGGAGGGGUCAGCGCCGAGGUCUACACUGAAGAGGAUGCCGUCAGCUACGUACGCAAGGUGAUCCCAAAGGACUACAAGACCAUGACUGCCUUGGCCAAGGCCAUCUCCAAGAAUGUGCUGUUUGCUCACCUGGAUGACAAUGAGAGAAGUGACAUAUUUGAUGCCAUGUUCCCAGUCACUCACAUUGCAGGAGAAACAGUCAUCCAGCAAGGCGAUGAAGGAGACAACUUCUAUGUGAUUGACCAAGGUGAAGUGGACGUGUACGUGAAUGGUGAGUGGGUGACCAGUAUUGGAGAAGGAGGUAGUUUUGGAGAGCUUGCCCUGAUCUAUGGAACUCCCAGAGCUGCCACCGUCAAGGCCAAGACUGAUCUUAAACUGUGGGGCAUCGACCGAGACAGCUACCGGCGUAUCCUCAUGGGUAGCACACUGAGGAAGAGAAAGAUGUAUGAAGAGUUCCUUAGCAAGGUCUCCAUCCUUGAGUCCUUGGAUAAGUGGGAACGUUUGACUGUGGCCGAUGCCCUGGAGCCCGUUCAGUUUGAGGAUGGAGAGAAGAUAGUGGUGCAGGGAGAGCCUGGCGAUGACUUCUUCAUUAUCACAGAGGGAAUAGCCUCUGUUCUGCAGCGCAGGUCUGACAAUGAGGAGUAUGUGGAGGUUGGACGCCUCGGACCCUCGGACUACUUUGGUGAAAUUGCCCUGCUGUUGAACCGUCCCAGGGCAGCCACUGUAGUCGCCCGUGGUCCGCUCAAGUGUGUAAAGCUAGACAGGCCCCGCUUCGAGCGUGUGCUCGGGCCCUGCUCAGAGAUCCUCAAGAGGAACAUCCAGAGAUACAACAGCUUCAUCUCUCUCACCGUGUGACAGGUCGGCCCCUCUGGGCCCCACCAGCAGGGGUGGGCAACAUCAGCAUCAGAGUUUUGGUUGGUGGGUUGGAAGGGGUGAGGAUGUGGGGUAAAGGACAUGGGUUUUACAUUUACAAUAACAGGGCGCUCAUUUCCUGCCUUUUUUCCAUGUUGCGCAUUUCUUUUUUUUGAUCUUGUGCACUUUGACUUGACCUGUGCCGUCACGUAGCUUUAUGUCAACAACAACAUGCAGGGGUGUUAAAAUCAGAGCAAGGACAGAGAACAUUCAACUCAUUCUAUUCUGUAAAUGAGUCAUAUACACAGUGUGACAACUGUAUAUGAUGCAUGCUUCUAAACUGACAAAGAAUGGCGCUGGCACUUUCGCGAUUUUAUGAAGGGUGUGGAUGAAUUCAGGAAAUAAGAAGGAAGUAAAGUCAUGUUUACGUACAGCGGGAGGAAGUAAGUCCACAUUUCUUUGCUCGCUGGCUGUGGUUUGCCUUUUUUUCACUUCUGAGUGUGUGUGUGGUGCAUUUUUAGGUCAAAUUAGACCGGCACUACACAGACCUCCGUUCCCUAACAUGUAGAUGUAGACGUAUGAAGAAAAAAAUUCCUUCUUGGCUGCUUCCUUCAUUUUUUGUGCUUCUUAAGUGUGCUUUUACUGCUGUUAUCAGUUGGGGGGCUGUGAGAGGCUGUGAUAUGUUGAGUUAAGAUUUUAAUAUUAUGUGGCGUGUGGCAGCCAAAUUAAUUUACGAGUUGAUUUUUAUUUCUCAAGAAAUCCUCUCUGUCCCACUAUUCCCUGAAGCGGUUCAGUCUGAUCUCUGAGCCGUGUGGAGCUUCCAAAGGUGCAGUAGUGUUAUCGGUCCAGUCCACAUACACACAACCAGAGUCUGAAACUCACUAACAUGAAACACACAACCAUACUGUAUAUGCUUACACUGUCUCAGGACUAAACUAAUCUUCACACAGACACACACACACACACAUACACAGACACACACACCUGAUGCUUCUUUAAGCUGAUUUUGUUCUGUUAUAUUGCUAGAUGAAAGCUUUUGCACCACUUUAGAGUUCAUAACAUUGUUUCAAGACAGCAGUUUGAUUUAGCUGUUUUUAAGACACGACUUCUAUGUUAUAAAUAUAUAAAAGAAAGAGGUAAAAAAUAUACUUGUUUUCCUUUCCUUUGAUCUACUGUAAUCUGUCAAAUUUGCACAACUGACCCAGCGACUGAUGUUGUAUAAAAUGCGACCUUAAAAAAAGAAUCUUUCUGUAUUUUCUCUCUCUCUCUGUAUCUCUUUCUUUUAACUAUCAAACCAUCUUGAGCAAAUAAAGAUAAGCCUCUGAAA